GGGAGGUGUAGAAUCCUAAUGACAUUACAACAGAUAAUUAAUUAAUGAAAACUUUACAAUCUCAUGAUUAAACUUUUAUCUAACCUUAUUAUACUCCCCGAGGAGACUCAUAUAGAUAUGAUUAUCAUAAAUAGUAAACAAUGUAGCUUUUGAAUAAAGUUAAAAGACAUCUAUAAAAAUGUGAUUCAACUAGAUAUCGGAGUGAGAGAAGAUCACCAAUAGAUGUAAAGUACUUGGAUAAUCAAUUGAGAGAUGAAGUCAAGGAUGACUAUGUAGAAUAAAAUGCCGAUUAAGAGUUUAAGUUAUUAAAUGGAACAUGUUUGAAAGAGAUGUUAGCAUAUAGCAAUAUACAAAAUUUACACAAAUUUGAUGAAGAAUUGGAAUUAGCAUAAACAAUGAUGCCUAAGUAACGUAAAUUAAAGAAAUUAUAAUCCACUAUAUUGGUUACUAAAUUAGUAAGGGCUAAAGGUAUAGAUAAAAAGUCGAUCCAGUAAAUUGAUAAAGAAAAAUUAGAAGAAUUCAUGUCUAUACACAAGGAUCAAAUAAAAACAGAGAAAAAAACUAAAUAUAAUAAACUGAAACUUCCUAAUAUUCCUGAAGCUUCUUCUGGAAGAUUUUAAAGAGCUACAAUAACUACUUUUAGAGAGUUUAAAUAAAAUUCAUUAGAAGUAGAUGGUUCGCCUUUAGUUUAAAGGUAAACUUCAUUAACUCUAAUAUCGGAUACUAAGAUUCCUUUAGUGAGGUAGGCCCAGUCUAAAUAAACUAUAGGUUUUUUAAUUGAUAGAAUAAAUGAAGAAAAAAACGCAAUUAUUGAAUAAAAGAAAGAUAUAAAGACUUCUAUAGCAAAAGUAUAGAAAAAUUUUGAUAAAAUAGAUAUAUUUAGUAAAUUAGAUAGACAAGAAAAAUUUAAUUAUUUAAGAUUUGAUUAAAGAAUUUUUGGCAAAGGGAAACAUAAGAGAUACUUUUGA